AGGGUUCCCCAUAUAAAUGGUUGUAUCCGUAUAGAUCUGAUUUUACAGCUGACGUUGACGAUCACUUUCAAAAUGACCGUUAGUAAGAACACAGUGUUUUUUUGCCUCGUGUUGUGUUUUUUGGUAAUUUUAAGCGCCGGUCAGAGUGAAAAAAAACGCGACAAAAUCAACAAGUAUUUGAAAAGUUUCAAGAAGAAAGAAGGAACAGUGAUUUUAACCGGUGGAAAAAAUCAUUCGGAAGGUAAUGUGGAAAUAUUUCACAAUGGAGCUUGGGGUAACGUUUGCGACGACGAAUGGGAUGUAAAAGAUGCCACAGUGGUUUGCCAACAACUCGGUUUCAAAGGCGUUCGAAAAGUCACCUUUAAUUCCCAUUACGGAAUGGCUAAUACAGGCAGAUUCUGGAUGGAUAAUUUGUAUUGUACUGGGAAUGAAAAACACUUGUCACAUUGCCAUUUCGAAGGAUGGGGUAUGAGUGACUGCGAUUCCUCCGAAGCUGCUGGUGUCGUUUGCGAAACAAUGGAGGUGCAACAGAUAACAGAAGUAGUAGUCAGAAAAACGAAAAACAAGAUCAAAGACAUUUUCAAAACAUCGUUAAAAGUGCGCUUAAUGGGUGGAAGAAUACCAGAAGAAGGUAGAGUUGAGGUGAAAAUAGGAAAUUCAGAUUGGGGCGUAAUCUGCGGCGACAGUUGGAGUCUUUUAGAAGCAAUGGUCGUAUGUAAAGCACUUGGUUUAAACUACGCCAGUAAUGCUGCCCAGACCAAUUUCUUCGGUGGUAAUGCAUCAAAUAUGAUUCUAAGCGGAGUUAAUUGUCGAGGCAACGAGUCCAGGCUAGAUCAUUGCAUGAUUACUGAUCCUUUCACAACAGAGUGUCCAGGAAACAGGGACCAGAUAGCGGGCGUUGUUUGUACAAAUGUUCUACCAGAUUUAAUCAUCGAUACUGACGAGUUAGAACGAUCAGCGUACUUGGAAGAUAAACAGUUAUAUUUCUUGCAGUGUGCUAUGGAGGAAAAUUGUCUAGCUUCCUCUGCUUAUAGCAUACAAAGAAAUAAGAAGGGCAACUGGCACAUGCAAACCAGGAGAUUACUACGAUUCACUGCUAAAAUCACCAAUAUCGGUAAUACGGCAUUUCGACCUUUUAUUCCAAAACAUUUAUGGGAAUUUCACCAAUGCCACAUGCAUUACCACAGUAUGGAGAUUUUCGCCACAUUCGACGUGUUGGACCAAACUGGCGUCAGGGUAGCUGAGGGACACAAGGCAUCGUUUUGUUUAGAAGAUAACCAGUGUACAUCAGGAGCGAGUCCAUCUUUCGCCUGUGCUAAUUACGGUGAUCAGGGAAUAUCUGUGAAUUGUUCGGAUAUUUACAGACAUCAUAUUGAUUGCCAAUGGGUCGAUAUAUCGGAACUUAAUCCAGGAAUUUACACGUUCAAGGUAUCUAUUAAUCCUGAAUUCAAAGUAGCCGAGAUGACUUUUGCCAACAAUGUUGCCAUAUGUACGAUGUAUUAUGCUGAAACAUUCGUUAGAAUUUAUAAUUGUUACGUUCAACAUCCUUGAAAUUUCAUCCAAGUAUCUGUGUAAUUCAGUCCAGUCAAUUACCCUAGUCAUAAAGAAAUUACUUUUUAUCAAACAGUUGAUUGUAUUUUGAGCACUGAUGGUUUAAAAUAUACGUACCUACACUAAUCGCGUGUACAGAAAAAUUAAAUCGUUAUUCGAAAUACCUA